UGGUCACCUGGCAGGAACCGGAAGCCGGGUUGUACAGUAAAAGAAGGCGACGCUACGCCGGCUUUUCUUCUGACUCUCCUGCUGCCUCCUUCGAACGUCGGCUCGAGCGGUUUACUCAGCGGCCUAGCGCCUUCUUCGCCAUGGCCCUCAGCGAUGCUGACGUGCAAAAGCAGAUUAAGCACAUGAUGGCUUUCAUUGAACAAGAGGCCAAUGAGAAAGCAGAAGAAAUCGAUGCGAAGGCAGAAGAAGAGUUCAACAUUGAGAAAGGCCGUCUUGUGCAAACUCAAAGAUUAAAGAUCAUGGAAUACUAUGAGAAGAAAGAAAAGCAGAUUGAGCAGCAGAAGAAAAUUCAGAUGUCUAAUUUGAUGAAUCAAGCAAGGCUGAAGGUCCUCAGAGCGAGAGAUGACCUUAUCACAGACCUUCUGAAUGAAGCAAAGCAGAGACUCAGCAAAGUGGUGAAAGAUACAUCCAGGUACCAGGUGCUGCUGGAUGGACUGGUCCUCCAGGGCUUGUACCAGUUGUUGGAGCCCCGAAUGAUUGUUCGCUGCAGGAAACAAGACUUCCCUCUGGUAAAGGCUGCAGUGCAAAAAGCCAUCCCUAUGUACAAGAUCGCCACCAAAAAGGACGUUGAUGUCCAGAUCGACCAGGAGGCGUUCUUGCCUGAGGACAUAGCCGGCGGGGUUGAGAUCUACAACGGGGACCGGAAGAUAAAGGUCUCCAACACCCUGGAAAGCCGGCUGGACCUCAUAGCCCAGCAGAUGAUGCCGGAAGUCCGGGGAGCCUUGUUUGGUGCAAACGCCAACAGGAAGUUUUUGGACUAAGCCUUGGGGAGUGGAGUCCAUCUGCUCUACCGUGGGAGUUUCUGAGAAUCUGAAGAGACAAAGUCGUCUACGUACCUCCUCCUCUGCUGUUCGAAUACUGUCCUGUAUUUCCCCAUGGGCCCCUGCAGCCAGAGUCCUUGGCCUAGUUGGUAAUGACAGGAGAAUGUUCCAUGAACAUGAUUGGGAACCUACCUCUAGUUCACUCCACAGUAACAUGGCCUGGAGCUGUUCUGUACCGUGAUGGUGAGGGAUCGGCUGGUGGUUGCCUGGACGUCACUGAGCCCUGUUAUUUUCCCGGCUCAGUGGCCUGGUCUGCAGGGGCCUCUCUGGUUCUCUCCUCCCAAGCCUCUGCUCUGAGGCUUUAGC